AUGGCUCCCAACAAGAGAGCAGGAAAACAAAAACGUGCUCAUUUCGCCGAUAAAAAGAAUGAAGCUCCUCCUUCACCUUUCAAGCGGCCCCCUGAAGCUCUGGAGCCCUUCAUUCAGUCUCUAGAUGAGAAGCACGUCUACGUCACACACAUAGACAACAAACCUGCCGAAUUCAAGCGAAAGAUCUUCCUAGUACCCGUCGGUAUGAAUGUUGUAGUCGUUCUUCUCUUCAUUCUGCGCAUGUGGUGGAUUGCCCCCUGGUACUGGCAGCUGCUCAUGACAGGUUUUGGUCAUGAAAACGAGACAACCUGGGAUACCGUAGACUCGACAUGGUCUCAGAUUGCCUUGGAGAUCGGAAAGCGCGCUGGAACUAUGCUCAUCGACUUUGUUCUCUUCAUCUUUGUUUGGCCGUGGCCCGUGGAAUUCGUCGCUGGACAAGCUCGCGGUAACCCUUGCCAGUGGCGGUGGCAGGUUGGUUUUCGCGAACAGGAGAUUUACGUACGCCGAAGCCGAGAAUGGGACCAGGCUCUCACCGAUAUCUUGGAGGAUGCGGAUUCAAAGAAGAUCCUGGUUUCUUACGUUGACAACGCGACGUCCCCUAUUCUUCAAGAGCAAAAGACUGGAUAUCUUUUGAUGAACGCCUACUGGGAUCUCGACUGGGCACGCAUGGUGAUCGCGCACCGUCUAGUCGACAAGAAAGAGUUGGCUCUCGAGGCUUUCAAGAGUGUUGUUCUUGUUCAUCAUGAUGCCUACGGUUGGAUGUCCUACGAUGUCCGUGGCAGCGGUGCUUCGGGUGAGGACGAGCGACGACGACAAGUAUUUGCUUUCCGGGAUGCACUUACCAAGCUUGGAAAGGAGAACCUAUUCUAUCGCUGGGUCGAAAUCGUGCAAUUCGAGGCGACACAGCCUGGUGGUUUUGGUCCCAAGGAGCAAGAGGCUGCGGCUAAGAGAAUCCGCGAGUUAUUUGAGAAAGAGGACAUUGACUUUGACGAUCUUUGGAAAAAGAGCAUCAGCUCAUUGCCAUCAUAA